AUGAUGUUAACAAUCAAUUCAUGUCUAUCUGAAUUUAUACUUACAAAUACUUUAUUUUGGGCAGGUAUAUUUACAUUAAUAAAUGAUCUUCAACAAAUUCAACACAAAGAUUCGUUGUGUGUAUUUCGAUGUUAUCUUAUUCAUUGUGGAUGUUUCCUACAAGGUCAUUCUUAUUUAUUACAAGCUAUCUAUCGAUAUAUAAAAAUUAUUUAUCCAAGUCGUUUAUCAUGGCAAUCAAGACAAAGUCAGUUAUUACUUAUUGGAACAAUAUGGAUAUUAGCUUUUGUACAUGCCAUUCCUUUUUUAUUUUUUGAUGGAAUUGUAUACAAUGUUGACAAUCAAGUAUGUCAAAUGGUUCUUGGAUUUUACUUUUUAAUGAUAUAUAUGAUGUUUGUCGAUUAUAUCCUUCCUAUGAUAUUAAUUAUGCUUGUUUAUUUUAAAUUACUUCGAUAUAUUAAAAAAAUGGGUAAACGUGUAACAUCAACAAAUACUUUAUCACGAGCACAACGAGAAUUAAAAAUGGUUCGACGUGCAGUUAUAAUGAUAACAACUAUAAUCACAGUCGGUUUUCCAUUUACACUCUUUAUGAUUAUGGCAUUUUUUGAUAGUGCACCAAAAUAUCAUUUUAGAAUUAUAUUUUUAUUCGGUAGUCUUUCAAUAUUAGUUGUUAUGAUUAUUUUAUUUCAAUUUACAGAUUCACUUAAAAUAUCUAUUAUCAAAAGAAUAAAAAAGCGUUCGAAUAAAGUACUACCUGCACUGUCAUAA